AUGAAACUUCUUAUUGCUAUAAGUUUUUUGUCUGUGGUAGGGAUAUGUCUAGCUAAUACAGUUCUUUAUCCUCGAGGAUGUAUCUACGUGAUGGGAAGAUGUUACCGUGAGUGUGAAGUAGGAACGCGGGCCUACACAACUGGUUGUGGGAAACUGAUGCCGGAGCCGACUUGCGAUGUACCCGAUCCUGAAGAAGGGCAAGGCAAUGUCUGCGACUACUCCGCGUGCUACUGUGAAUCGCCAACCGUACGGCACAAGCCUAGCGGCAAGUGUAUGCUGUUAGAAGACUGCCCCAAGACUAAACCCGAUGUCUAA